GGUACUUAACAUGUGUUCUUUUAUUUAAUUGAUAGAAAAAAAUACUAUUGCCAAGGAGUAAAAAUUACACCCAGUGUCUAGUGCAUGAAUGAAGAAUAGGGGGAAUCCUGGUUGAUAAUAUCUGUCACGUGACCAACUAGCAGCUGGGAACUCCACCCGCAACACAUGCCAAGCACUGUCACAGUUGGUGAGGAAAUCAGGAAGCAUGUCCGCUACAGAUAAACGGAGGAGAAAAUCUCCAGACUGGUUAAGAAUCUUCAGAGACACGGCGCAUUGUGAACUAGACCAAGUUGAGGACACUAAAAGUGAGAAGAAGGCGCCGGUUACUAUAAUCGACACAAUAGAUCGAACAGAUAUAGUGGAGUGCGGCAGGUUUCAAAAUGGCUAUGCGCCGCCUGUACAGUCAAAACCACAGAAUCGUAGUCCCGAACAGAAAAGUCGAAAGGUGACAAAAAACCACCAUCCGAAGCCAUUAAAAGAUCCAGAAAAUGGGGAAGAUAGUAGACCCCACGUGAAAAAUAUUUUCAACGAACAUUUCUAUGUGAACGGGUUUGCCGAUGAGAGCGUGGAGGACGGUAAAAAUGGCAAAAGCUCAAUUUUUGCCGGCCGGAGGGACAUGUUGAACACGUCUGCGCUGGAAGAACACAUUAUUGUCAGUGGCAAGGGGACUGUUCGGGGUUUCAAAAACAGGGUACGGGCAGGCAUUGUCACGUUUCUGGAACAGCAAGAUAAAAACAAGAAAAAUUACAAAGUCCUCGAGAAAGGAAAAAUAGUGGUGUAUACAACCACAAUGAGAAUUAUAAGAGACACAUACGAAAAAUGUCAAAAAGUGAGAUAUAUUCUACAAAACCACAUGGUCCGCUUUGAGGAAAAAGAUGUGUUUAUGAACCGAGAUCACCAGAAGGAGCUGAUAGAGAGGCUGGGGGAGGACGAGGUCACAGUGCCGCAGGUGUUUGCUGAUGGGGUCUUGCUUGGGGGUGUUGAAGCAUUAGAUAACCUUAAUGAAUCAGGAGAAUUAAGAAAAAUAUUUAGACAUUUCAAGAAAAUCACAGUGAACCAGAUGUGUGAGAAGUGUGGUGGGUAUAGAUACGUCCCAUGUAGUGUGUGCCAUGGAAGCAAGAAAUCCACAUACAGGAACCAUUUUACUACAGAGUUCUGCGCCUUACGCUGCAUGCAAUGCGACGAGAAUGGCCUUGUGCGAUGUGACUUGUGCCUGGACCAACAGGAAUGAUACGAGCAAUAUUAUUACUUGUGUGGAGAAAUCUCAUUGGUUGAUUGGUGAAGAAAAUACAGCACUUAAGAUUGGUCAAUUACAUACAGGAAACUAUAGAAUCAAUGCAAGCAUUCGCAGGAGGCUCAGGAUUAUUAAAACGAAAAUGUACAAUUUUUUUUUUAAUUUGGGUUUUUUUUUCAAAUGAACACUUUGACAGCACUGGUAUUAUGUCAGGUUCUUUCAUAAUCAUGCUACAGUUGGUUCACAUAAUAACUGUUAUUGUCAAGAUGCAAUUAAAAAACUUUCAGCUAGCCCCAUUUGAGUUAAUCAUGAGUAGCACAUGAGCCAUGUUCUGUAACAAUUCAGUCACAUUGGGCAAUGUUGAUGAUACAGACAUGGCUCUGAAACUAGGGGUCAGGUAACUGAAAAUACCCAUAAGUUGAUAAAAUAUCCUCCUCCGACCCAACCUCAAACAUGUCACCAGCACCACCAACUGUCAUUAUUCAUUAUAUGCUUAUUUCUUGUUUUGAUAAAUCUCAAAAAAAGUAUUUUCAUUGUCAAUUAUUAGCAAAUGUUUAGCCCACAUUAUAAUGUACAAGAAAUCAUGGUUUUACUGAAGUGGCAAUACAGUAUUACUUAAGUUAAUGGAUAAUACAGUGUAUUCUCAAAUACUCGACAGUAACCAGCAGAUAAAUUCAAAGCAUGCGUUGAGACAGCAGGGGUUUGCUAGGGGUGGAAGGUGAAGUCAGGCAAGUCUUUGAUGUGCUCUGUGUGUUCAGACCACUCCCAAGACUUAACUAAAUAAAAUUUGUGACAAGGGACUCCAUUUCUCCUCUGCCUCAGCUAGCCGAGCUAAAUUUGCCAUGGGCCUGAACAAUAGAAAUGAUAGUAUUUAUUCCCAAAUUAGGUAUAUAGAAUAUGAUUUAUUUAGAAGCUCAGUUUUAUUUAUGCCUGCAUUUUUGUUAUUUUGUUUAUUUGAUACUGACCUCCAGAUUGUGCUAAUCCUUGUGUUCAUUAUUCUCUAGCUUAAUUGCCAAUCAAAUAGACUUGUGGGCGAUAUAUUUAGAAACAGUCAACUGGCAUCCAUAUAUAUUUAGUAUACAUAUCUCAAUCCCAAUUAACACGGGUAAAAAUAAAGUCAUAGAAGGAUUCUUUUCUCACUUAACACACACUUAUUGGUAUUAUAGUUUUUACGUUUAAAGAAUUUUUAUCAAAUAUCAGUAAAUGUGGGAUAAACUGCAUGUGUAUCAAUUUUUUUUCUUGUUAUUGAAAUCAUGAAGUGUGAGUUCCCAGGCAUUUUCAUAUCACACAGUAGUUAAAGAAGAAAGAUGCGCUGUCCUUUUUUCCUGCUCUAGGAUCCCAAUAAUACAAAUUUAAGCUAUUUUUUUGUGUUGGCUAAUGAUAACUUUGUGGGUAGUAACCUAAUAUAUAAUAUAUAUCUCAAUUUCCUUAGCCUGACCAAGACUUUGCAUGUGUUCACCCAGGAAUAGUCAGAACAUGCACAUCUCCAUCAUUUAUCUCAAAGACCAAGUUCUGGGAUUGUUUUUGUUGCAAUGUUGAUGUAGUUUUAUUUAUUUGUUAAUAAUGUAAUGCACUGGAUUUAAAUAUUUAUUGCUCAAGUUGCAUGUUGUGGUGAAUGCACUGACUACAUUUUCUACUUCAGUGCAGGAAGGUUACACUAGGAAGAUUAGAAACUAGACGACCCAGCAUUUGAGACUGAAAAGUUUAUAUGCUAACAAUUUUGGCUCUUUAUUAGCAGAUACAAACAUUCUUGCAAAUGUGAUUUUAACAGGCAUAAUUAUUUUGCUUUAUUUAUAAACACCUUUUUAUCGCUUCAGUUAAUUGUAUUACAGCUUUCUCUUUUGAAUGGUAUUGGAUACCUUUUAGAAAGCAGAAAUGUUCCAGUCGUCUGUUAAGCUGGGUAAUAGGUGCGAGCAAAAAAUGGAGCAAAUGUCAUGACAUACGUUUAUUAUCUGUUAUGUAUAUUCAAGUCUAUUUAGAAAUAAAAUUUGAGUUAUA